CUCGCACGUGUAGAAUAUUGGGCACGGACAUGCGCUGCAGCCCUGCGUGCAUUUGCACGCAGGGCUUACCAUCCUUGCCUCCGAACCGUUCAUCCACCAUGAACCAUGGUGCGAGCCACACACGGGGCGGGAUGGGGUUCCGAGUCGGGCCGCGCUGCCAGCAGUGAGAGCCGCUGCCCGAGAUCUGGCGCAGCUGCGCUCGCGUGUGGCAGCUCCUUGCCGUGUGCCUACUGGCAUCAGCGUCUAAGAUGCAGGGCGGGCAGAUGCCGCGGGGAUGCGCGUUCGGUGAAACCCGGCCUCGCCCUCCGACCCCUUUUGCGGGGCUGCUCACGAUCCGAUCUCAGUCCCCAGAGUCGGGAUAAGAAAUUGGUCUGGUCGGGGUUAGGGUCGGUCGAGUCCCUCGAGGUCAUGCCCGGGAGGCCAGAGCACUGACCUGAUUCAUUGUGGUCUUGAGGCGGAGUUCCACGGCUGAUUCGUCAGGUUCAGCGUUUGCGCUCGAGAGAUUCCCUUGAUUCGGGGGCCUAGAGCGUUGACAGGACUGUUUUUUUCAGCUCCCUACCAGACGUCGGCGUCGAUGCGACGCAGCCUGGCACGGCCCGAUGUCCCCUCCUGUCACUGCAGGGGUCAAGGCCCGACCCGCGAUCCCGAGCGAGCGGAUCCCGCUCCGAUGUCGCGCUCGGGUGCGGUCCGAUCCGCUGCCGAUCGUUUCAGAUGUUUCCCGAGCAUCCCUCCACCCCUGCAACAAUGCCCAGGUUUCGCGUUCCGAUUCGGCCCGGGCCUGUCCAGUCGGACCUCCGGCGGACGGUCUGCUUCCUCGGCCUCCGGCGGACCGCGGGCCAACGGGGCCAGCAGGAGCGGAGCGGGGGGGGCAAGCUCUGCCCCAGAGGGGAGGGGGGUCGAGGCCUCCGUGGCCGCGGCGAUGCUCACGAGCGGGGAGCACUUCUGAUGUCCGUGCUGUCCGUGCUCUCGCGGUCUAGAUGCCGAGGCGCGAGACCGUGGACUUGCGAUCCCACGGGUGCGACCCGCGCGGGGCAUCCUCUCGCGAAGCCUCCUCGUAGCGUUAUGCUCGAGGAGUCUUCACCGCGAGGCCGCGGGUAUGGAUGCGUGCCCCGCCCGCAAGUUGCGUGCGGCGAGACUCGAACUCGAUGCCUUUUAACCGAGCUGACGAAGGGCGCAAUCUCACCAUUCCGAGGUCGGGAAGUUGGUGGAUCGUUAUAUGAAGUCCUGCUUCGCAAGCAUCCCCACGGUCUCAGUCGCCUGGACAACCGAGCCGAGCUUUGGCGCCGGCGUUUCCUUUACGAUUUCAUCGCGAGCUGGUAUCGCGGAUGCAGAUUUUUUAGUGUUGCCACCAUCAGCCAGCAAUUCUUUGUCCGUCUUCUCUUGUAUCGUGUGCGUUUUGCAAAGUUGUCUGCACCGGCGAGGUUUCCGACGAGGCGCCGUCAGAGCGCGCGAGUCAUUCCGAUGUUGGAAACUGACCGCAGGUGUCAUCCGGAUAGCGAUCAGAAAAGUGAUCUUCGGCGGAAGGUUGACCUCUUCUAGCACAGCUUGAGGAUUCAAUUCGCAUCGACACUAGGGGAGCUCGUGGCAGAGCUGGUCGACGAAAGAGCUUCUCCAUGACCGCCAAUGUGUGUGCAGCCGGCCACCGAUGUCGCCAAAGCGUUCUGGUCAACUGAACACCGCUCCGAACAAGUGUGAUGC